GAUUUUAUAUAUAAAAAUAUUCGAAAAAUAGCAUACAAGUAAAACUUAGUUAAACCUAGAUAAACUUCAAAGGCUCGGUCACACAACCGCAGCUUCGGAGCAGUGUUAUGAGUCCACACGAAGUCUCCUGCCAUACAACUCCCAACCUUAAACCGAGCCUAGAGCCUAUAUAUAUCUCUCAAAUUUGAUUCUCCUUCACAUUCCCACACCUAAGGCUCAGAUCCCUCCGCGAUUGGUUUUCCAGCUAUUUUUUGUUUAGGAAUUCACGUAGCCGCCUUUCGUCUUCACCAGAACUUGCGAAUUCUACUUCUCUUCGUCUGCAACUUCGUUUUGGGCGUGAGACAAGUGUCUGACGGAGAAGAAUUUUGCGGAAUCCCUUGUUGAAGAAACGAUCAUGUCGCUGACUAGUAAUUGGGAAGCGGAUAAGAUGCUUGAUGUCUACAUUCAUGACUAUUUCUUGAAAAGAAAAUUGUAUAAUUCAGCCAAAGCUUUCGUGACUGAAGGAAAAGUUGCUACAGAUCCUGUAGCUAUUGAUACUCCUGAAGGAUUCCUUCUUGAAUGGUGGUCUGUUUUUUGGGACAUCUAUAUUUCAAGGGAAAAUGCAAAGCAUUCUGAACCAGCUGCAGCUUAUAUAGAGACUCAGCUAUAUAAGACGAGGGAGCAACAACAACAGCAGCAGCUUCAGAUGCAGCAUCAGAUGCAGCAGUUGCAACACAUGCAGCAGCGCGGUGGCCAGUUACAGAGAAGGGAUCCGAACCAUCCUCCACUCGGUCCCAUGAACUCUGAAGGAAUGCUGAAAAUGUACGAAGAAAGCAUGAAGCAUCCUCUUUCAAUGGAUUCAGAGAUACCACAGGGCUUUAUGGAGGCUAACAGGAUGGCACUUCUCAAGUCUGCUUCAAGUCAACAAGAGCACUUGAUGCAAAGAAAUCCUGGAGGCAUAUCUGCAGCCAUGCAGCAAAUGCAAGGCAUUACAGGAGAGGGUGCGACCCAGAAAUCUUUGUCUUUGGACGCAUCAUCACUUUAUGGGCAGGCAAUUCUUCAGUCCAAAUCUGGACUUGGUGGUGCAGGGUUGAAUCAAGGAGUCGGUGAACUUCCACUGAAGGGUUGGCCUAUGACAGGGAUCGACCAAUUACGGACGAGUUCGGGUUUACAGAAGCCCAACUUGCCGACCCAAAACCAAUUUCUUAUGGCUUCACAACCACAGCAGGCUCUAGCACAAGCUCAGGUACAAGGGAACCUUGAAAAUUCACCCAACUACGGAUUUGGAGCACCAAGGGGUAACUUUAAUGCAAAAGAUGGUCAAUCAAAUUCACAGAAGAUGAUGAAAAUGGCGCAAAUGCAGCAGUCUUCCUCUCAACAACAGGAUCAGUUGCAGCAGCCGCAGCAAUUGCAACAGAACAACAAGAAAAGGAGACAACAAUCUUCAUCUGGACCUGCCAACAGUACAGGUACUGGAAAUACCGCAGGCCGUUCUCCGGGCUCACCACAGUCAACACAUACACCUGGUGCUGGAAUCAAACAUGUCAAUAACGUGCCCAAGAGUAUGAUGAUGUACAGUGCAGCUGGAGUUGGUGGAGUUGCAUCAUCUGCACACGAACUAGAUGACUUGGGGAAUUUUGGAGAUGUUGGUGGUCUUGAAGAUAAUGUAGAAUCCUAUUUAUCUAAUGAUGGCGAGGACGGAAAUAUGUAUGGCUCUUUAAAACAGACUCAUGCUGAGCAUAAAAUGGAGACUUCUAAAGGUUUUUCAUUUGGAGAAGUUGGUUGCAUACGAGCAAAAAACAAAGUGGCUUGUUGCCAUUUUUCAUCAGAUGGGAAGUUGUUGGCUAGUGCCGGGCAUGACAAAAAGGCUGUUCUUUGGAAUAUGGAUACUCUGCAAACACAGAAUACGAUGGAAGAACAUCAAUACUUAAUUACGGAUGUUCGCUUCCGGCCAAAUUCUACUCAGCUGGCAACAGUUUCAUUCGACAAGUCCGUGAGAAUAUGGGAUGCUACUAAUCCAAGCUAUUGUCUGCAUACUUAUACAGGUCAUACUUCCCAUGUCAUGUCCCUUGAUUUCCAUCCUAAGAAGAAUGACCUUUUCUGUUUCUCUGAUGGUAAAAACGAAAUAAAUUAUUGGAGUAUGAGCCCAUUUUCGCGCACUCGGAUUUCCAAGCAAGGAGGCAGUGGUCAAGUGAGGUUUCAACCUAUAACUGGACAAUUUUUGGCAGCUGCAUCAGACAAGUUGGUUUCCAUAUUUGAUGUUGAAAACGACAGGCCAAUACAUUCUUUUCAGGGGCAUUCUGGCGUGGUCAAUAACAUUUGCUGGGAUGUCAAUGGAGACCACUUGGCUACUGUGAGUGAAGACUGCAUUAAAGUUUGGUCGUUAAAAUCUGGAGAGUGCAUCCGUGAACUCAACUCCGAUGAGAACAAAUUCUACUCUUGUGUUUUUCAUCCAAGUUAUUCUGCUAUCUUGGUUGUUGGGGGGUUGCGGUCUUUGGAGUUGUGGAACAUGGCGGAGAACAGAAGCAUGACAGUCCCAGCACACGAGAACAUAAUUACGGCUUUGGCUCAGUCAACUCGGACAGGAAUGAUUGCCUCUGCUAGCCAUGAUAGCUCCGUCAAGUUGUGGAAAUAGGUUAUCAACAGUUUGACAAGUACAUCAACAAAAGUUUUUGAUGAACAUAUAGAUAGAUAUAUAGAUAGAGUAGAUAGUUUCCUCUCAAAGGGACUGGAAUAUUUAUAAAUAAAUAUUAUCAAUGCUUAAUAUCAGUACAAAAAAUCAGAUUAGUUUUGAAAUUCUAACCAACGGUUUUUCGUUUUUGCAAAUAGUUUCGUAGCUGGUACAACUUGUAUGAAAUAGAACAUAUCAAGGGGUACGGUACGGUGGUUACAACUUUAGACCAAAUUUUAUUGAUAGUUAUAGUCAUUUUUUUAUUCUAAAUAUUGAUUGAAUCCAAAUUCUCUAAAUUCUGUUCAAGAUAUUA